AAAAAUGAAAUUAUUGUGCUGAAAGCAAGAUACCUUAUUGGAAAUAAAUGAAACACCCCAUAUAUUUGCAUAAUAUAUCUAGAUAUCUAGAGAGUUGGGAUUAUAUUGAAAUAAUGAUACGUGUAGGAAGGUACGUACAAGGACAAGUUUAAGUAUUUGAGCAUAUUUGAUCUCUAUAAAAAGUAUCUAAGUACCUAUUUAAAAAGAAAGAACCAUUCCAAUUUUCAAUACAAUGAUUUCCAACUUCAUCAAUGUAAAAUGAAAUUUUUUUCCUCAUAAGAUCCAAGAUACGUUUAAUUCGUCAUUGAUAGUGAGACAGAAUAAGUGUGAUGUUUCUAAAAAAAAAUCACACAGGUCACUGCAUUAUCAAAUAUGUAAGCUUUAAUAAUAGCUCCUCUAUUUGUUACACAAAUUGAACUCAUUAAUACACAUUUUUAUUACAUAUUUUUAUUCAAUUCGUUUGAACUUGCACUAUUUCAUUAAUCGCGUAUACAUAUAACCUACGUACUAAUUAAAUUAUCUCAUUGUUAACGUCAUAUUACUGAUUUCUAUCGCUCAAUGAAGGGCUGCUGACGUCUUUUUAUAGCUACAGCACACUUCCUUUACCCACAUUGGCAUUUCACUUUUCUACCAUAAAUAUCCUAAAAUACUCGUGAUUCAUCAUCUCCAAAUGUGAAUUUUCGUCACGAUGAAUCAUUUUCAGCUCGGUAUAUUCUUUCAUAUUAUAUCAAUUUACGUAGGUAUAAAGAAACUUGAGAACCACUCGAGUACCUUUUAAGUAACUAAACAAUAACUCUAGAUAAAACAGUUUAUAAUACACGUUGCCCCAAUUAGUGCGCCAAUAUUCGUGUAUUCGGUGCGACAGAACCAUGUCGUUGGUGAAUUUGAGCAUAUUUUUCGAUCGUUCAGAUUUGAUCUACAAUACAGGUGAACAAAUCACCGGUCAUGUUGCUUUCAAGCUCAAUACAAUUCGGAAUCUUACGUGUAUUAAAUUAAAAAUCAAAGGCAAAGCGAAAGUAAAAUGGAGUGAUUUGGUGACCACGACGGAUAGUAAAGGUAAACUACAAUUUGGAAGAGUAUGGCGUACAAGUGACGAAGAGUAUUUUAAAACAGUAGUGCCCCUGGAUCAACAAAUCGGUAAAUUUGAAUUAACGCCAGGACAGUACUUAUAUCCGUUCAGUGUUACUCUACCUCCGAAUAUACCUGCUUCGUUUGUUGGAAUUCACGGACGUAUAUUUUAUUAUGCCAAAGUUACGGUUAUGUUCGAAAAACACGACAAUGCUGAAAAGAAAUCUUACUUCAGGGUGGUCAAUCUAUUAAAUCUGAAUCACUAUCCUGCGCUUAGAUCGCCCACAGUAGUUGAAAGAUACAGAAGAUUUUACCAAUGUUGUUGUUUUCCUGCUGGGAAAAUUUCACUAACAGCUUCUGUGCCAAGAAGUGGGUUUGCUAAAAAUGAGACUAUUCCAUUAUCUCUAAAGGCCAAUAAUGACAGCUUCUUUUCAAUUCGUGAAAUUUUCAUUUAUGUGAACAGAAAAACAGAAUGGCGAUCUGGUGAGAAUAGAAAAUUCACGAUUGAAAAACUAAAAACCAUCAACAUCAGAGCUUUAAAUUCCAAUACUACUCGUUCAUGGGUCGAAUCAGUACAAAUGCCAUUAGCUGAAUUUCCAUUUAUUGAAAACUGCCAAAUAAUUAGGAUGAGAUAUGAAAUACAAGUGAAAGUGGAUACAGAAAAUACCAACUGUGAUUUAGAUUUAUUCAUACCAAUAUCAAUCGGUGAUAUUCCACUUACCGAACGUGAUCCAGCUAAUGAAGAAGAUUUGCCUCCAAGUUAUAAUGAAGUAAUACAAGGAGCAGGCACAAGUUUAGGAGAAAGUAAUCAUAAUUUGAGUUCGAUGUCUAUCUCAACGAUUUGCAGCUAGCGACUUUAAUUUUCUAUGUACAUAAUUUUAAAUUUAUUCAUUUUUUUAUUUUUUUUUGUUUGUUUAUUUGUCGUACAUAAUUUUGUUUUGCCAAUUUUUGUAAUUAAAUCUUUCAACCUUGAAUAAA